UUCCGGCAAAAUUCCGGGAUCGAUGCAGUGGGGGACUGGGCGAGGACCGAUUGGAUCUCGAUUCGGCGGACAGCUGCCAGCGACAGCCAUCAAAAUCGAUGGAUAAGGCUGGCGUCCGUCGAGGAAACGCCGUGGCCAAAUGCGGCAUGGAUGAGGCAGAAGCUGCAGCAGAAGCCAAAUCCCCACCGAAAUGGCAAUGUAAUUAAAAUACCUUGCGAAGGCCAUGUGGGCGGUCCGUUUUGGUUUUUGGUAGAGCCCGUGGCCGCCGGCACGCCUGGUUAUUUAUAUCAAAAAUCCCGAAAAUUUGUGUCAAUUUAUGCAAAAUUGUAUGCAUCCACAUUUGCGCCAUGAAAAUAACGCACACAAUAUUUCGGAAUCGAUUUGUCAAUAAAAUUGGAGAGCACUAGCCAAGCCAUUUCAGUGGAUCUUGGACCGAGUGCUUCGCCGAACGUAUGAGUAAUAUUUGAGGUGAAUCAGUCGCUGGGAAAACGCCCCCGGAUCACAGGGAAAUCGCGCGCACUUUAAGUGUCCUGGUCGGUGGUUGAAAGUGUUUCUGUGUUUAGAGUCGAUUAAAACCGCCGGCAAAACGCUUUUAAAAACCAGCUUUAAUAGUAAAUGUGUUAAAAACUCAGAAAAAAUAUUAACUACUUGAAUAUAUAGCAUUAAAAAUAAAUCAGUGAAUAAAACAAAAAGUUUGUGUUUAAAAUGUCGAUGGAUCCAACGGUUAACCUAGAGGAUCUGGAGCGACGCCGACGUCGCGCCAGUUCCGCCCGCAAGCAGUCACAAACUCCUCAGCCGCCGUCUGCCCUGGCGGAUUCGGAGGCCAUGGCCGUGAUCAACGAGAUCUUCAAUCCCACGCUGAAACUGCCGGAGUCCACUGGCCACUACACGCUGCCCGAGGAGAUGAGUGCCGAUGACAAUGUGGCGCCCCAUGAACUGGACAUUGCUAAGUUGGCGGAACUGAAGGAAGUCUUCUCACUCUUUGACACGGAUUGCGACGGGCUGAUCUCGAAGGAGGAUCUACGGUUCACCUACACGGCCCUGGGAAAUGAACCGAACGAGCAGCUGCUGGAGCAGAUGAUGCAGGAGGCCAAGGAGCCACUGGACUACGAAGCCUUUGUGCGGCUGAUGAGUCGUCGCACCCAGGAGCUGGAUCCCGAGGAUGUGCUGUUGGAGGCCUGGAGCAAAUGGGAUGACCAUGGCACAGGAAAGAUCGACGAACGCAAAAUCUAUGAGGAGCUGACCAACUAUGGCGACAAAAUGACCCUCAACGAGGCCAAGGAGGCUCUGAGCCAUGCCCCCAUGGCCAAACCCAAAUCUCUGGAGGAGCCGCCCAUGAUUGACUAUCCAGCCUUUUGUCGCAUGCUCAGCGGAAUGCGCAAGCGAAAGGGGGAAUAACUUAUCAGAAGAUCCAAAUUUAAAAAUACAAAAUUCAAACUCAUUUUUUUUAACUUUCAAUAGAAUUUUAGGAGAGAGGACAAUAAUAAUGACCUUUAAAAGUUAUUUAGAGGUUUUUAAAAGUAGUAAUAAAAAAUAAUGGAUUAUCAUCUAAAUUCUUUAUCAUUUCUAUGUUGUAAUCAGAUGUAUAACCAGAGACUUCAAAAAUUGAAAUCCAGUCAGUUUGUCAAAGCUUAAGAAUGUGUCUCAAGUGCUUAAGGAUUUUCCGAUGAUAAACCCAGAAUCCCUACUUUAUUUAAACUACCCACAGCUUUUGUUUUUAUAUAGAAAAUAGACCUCAAUUAUUUAAUACAUUUCGCUGUAGUUAUUGCAAUAAAAUGCUCAAAACCUUUAAAAAA